CUCACAGCUAUUCGUUUCGAUUGAUUUCGUUAUUUAAAAUAAGUCACAAUUAUUUCUCUAUUUUAUUAAUUCAGUUAUUAAGUAAAAUAAAUUGUUAUUUUAUUGACACCAUGUAUCACAUUUUCCAUGUUUUAUUGGGACUUCUAUGGUUAGGUCUCAAAAUAAUUCACGGAGAAGUAAUUCAAUGUGCAAUUGGUGGAUUAACUGAUGAGGGACUCUGCGACAACUUAAUUGAAGAAAGUGUCUUGCAUAAAUUCUAUAUAGCUAGUUUAUUUAAAGAAAUAAAUAAAAUCCCAAGUAAUAGGUAUGAAGACAUUGAUAGUACGAUUGGAAUUAAAUUUGAAAAUCCUCAUGCUACGUCCACAACAAAUUGUUUUAAAGCCUUGACAUUACGUACACCAAAAGAAGAUCUCUAUACGAUAUUUAGAAAAACUUUAAUUUAUGAUAUCGAUAUUCCAAUCCAAGAAUGUUUAGAUCAAGCUCUUAAAUUAAGAACGGACACGUAUUUAAUUAAGUUUUAUUACAUGUUAUUAUCCCAAAAUAGAAAUAAUGCAAAAUGGACAAUUGAAAGAAAUAUGGUGGUUUUUCAAUCGUACUAUUAUGCAGCGAGUACCCAUUAUUUUUUUAAGGAAUAUAAGUUAGCAAUGGCCGUGAUCAACUCUGGUGAAUAA